GCGCCCAGUGUCCUUCGUGUUCUUGAGUUGUACAGUGGUGUCGGUGGGAUGCACUGUGCUCUUCAAGAAAGUGGUAUUCAGUACACAGUUGUAGCAGCUGUAGACAUCAACACAACAGCCAAUCACAUUUACCACUGUAAUUUUCCUCAGACGUCACUGAUAAGUUGUGGUAUAGAGAAACUGACGAUUGAGCAGAUGAAGAAGUGGCGUGUGGACAUGAUUUUGAUGAGUCCUCCCUGUCAGCCAUUCACCCGAGUGGGAAAGAAGAGAGACGUUGAUGACAUUCGGGCUAAAUCGUUCUUACAUGUCCUUCAAUUAGUCACAAAGCUGGAUGUGAAGCCAAGGUACAUCCUUGUAGAGAAUGUCAAAGGGUUUGAGCAAUCGCAAGCCAGGCAAAAUCUUAUCAACACACUGCAGUCGUGUGCAUAUGUUUUUCAGGAGUUCUUGUUCACUCCGCUUCAGUUUGGAAUACCUAACAGCAGGUUGAGAUACUAUCUUGUUGCCAAGCUGUCACCUCUGAUGUUCAGCUUUCCACUGUCACAAGAGAUACAAACUGAUCUGCCAGUUCCAUCGUCUUCAGCAGAGUGGUUGGUGCAUCAAGACAAAGGUGCUCAACGUUCUCACUACAGCUCAUCUAAUAGUGCCAGGAGCCAGGUUCAAGAUACAAAUAUUUGUGAAAAACACAAACACUCCGGAUCAAGUUCAAAGUCUCCUGAGAAAACCACUGUUCAGAGUUAUAUGCAGUCAGUCGAUUCUACAAGUAGUUCUGCAAGAGAUAUUUUUGUGGAUGAUGUCACUUUGUGUAAAACUACUGACCAACCAGGUUGCUUUUGUCAAGAUAAAAAUAUUUCCUGUGAUACUUCUUGUUCACAAGUAGCUACUGUCGACAUAGCUAACAAUGCUACCCAGUCUAAAGAGGUUUGUUGUUCUACCAAAAACUAUCAGGUGGAAUGUGAUAAUUUACACCAGUCUGAUAAGGUUUGUUGUACUACCAGAAAUUACUCUGUUAAACCGAGUGAUUCCGACCUCAUGGUUCAGAACCCAUCUGUGAUCUCUCAGAAAUGUAAUGACAUCUCUCUUUGUUCUGAGAAACAUCCCAAUACAAAUUCACACAGUUGUCACUGUUGUGGUGAAUGUUCCAUCUGUUCUGGUGUGCCAGAUGUUAAGACUUAUGAGGAUGUUAAGUCGGAGUAUGAGAACUGUGGAGAAAACCUGCGGUUGUGUGGUGAUGGAGACCACCAGCAGUUUUCUGACUGUCACAAACUGGAGGUGUUUAUGGAACAGCUUCCUCGAGAAGACUUGGACAAAUACGUGUUGGGUGACAAGGAGUUGAAGAUGUUCGUUAUCAUGGACAUAGUUCAUUCAGGGCUCAGGAGGUCAAGUUGUUUUACCAGGAGGUAUGGUCAUUACAUGGAUGGUGCUGGGCCGAUCGUCCAAAUGUCAACUGAUAUUCAGGCGAUAAACACAGCAAGUGAAUUGAAAUCAAGAGCUGUAGAUAGUCAAAACAGACAAUGCUGGGGUGAACACGAAUUGAAGAUUAUUCGAGAUUUGAAGUUAAGAUAUUUCACUCCAAGAGAAAUAGCCAAUCUGCUGUGUUUUUCUCCUCAUUUUGAUUUGAGACGUUUGUAUCAGCACAUGCAAUAAAGUGGCAGUCCUCCUACAAACAGUUGGAAUCAUUUGUAUCGGCACAUGCAAUAAAGUGGCAGUCCUCCUACAAACAAGAGUUGGAAUCAUUUUUUUGGACAAGACCAGCUCCCCUCUGUAAACAAAGCACCCGACAGAGAGUCAUAGCUGCAUGCUUUCAUGACUGAUAAUUUUGUUUGUGGAAAUAAGCCUUGUGUAGAGAUAGGGUAUUGAAUAUCAUUAUGCAGUUAGCAGAUUCGUAAUUACAAUGUUAAUACUUAUAUUAGUAUUACACACUUUAAUAAUUUUAAUUUUAUUUUGAUUCAUUAAUGGUGAGUAGGUUAACAUCAAGCCCGUAUUUGGGGGUGGGUGGUGGUUGGGGUGGAUGGUCGUCUGAACCCCGUUAAAGCUGAGGUCCACUUCGUUUUCUUCUUUUGUUUUUAAGAUUGCAGUAAUACUUGAUUGUGGUUUUUGCAACUCUUCCGUUAGCCCGAGUACUCUAACGGUAAGAGAGCUAGACGAACAUUUGGAAAGUUAGAACGCUCAUUAAUUAGUAAUGAGUACUCGGCCUACUCCCCCAAAAAAAUUAUAAAACAUUCUUGUCUUCGUUAUGUACAUGAUUCAGAAUUUCUAACUACUCUGGCAAAACCAAAACAAAGGAACCAACAUGUAGCAAACAUGUUUAAUUGUAGUUUCUGCUGUAUUGAUGACCACGAAGUAUUCGAUAAUUACAUGACAAGGACUUCAUUUCACUUUCCAUUGAUUUAUCAACCAAAGGUUAACAACAAAAAGUAAUCCUGUUCAUGCUUUGAUCUUUAUGCAGAGAUUCAUAUCGACACUGGCUUCCAUAUACUAGUAUAUCAAGCAAUAUGCUUCUGUUAUUUUGGCAUAGAACUUGCUUUAUUAUGCCGUCCCUCUCCCCCCCCCCCCCCUCGCCCAUAUUUAAAAACGUUUUACGGCCAAUAUGUAGAUGCCAUUUUGAUGAUAUGACGCAUCAUGACAAAAAUGAAAUGGGAUGCAAUUUCUUAUGCAAUACCUUUUGCUGAAAACGUCUGAGGACUACACCAGUACUUUUAACAGGGAAUGCAUGUGUUGGCAGUGAUUCGUGAUGAUAGAAUUUUUAAGAAGGUAAUGUGUUUUGUUGUUCAUAAAUAUAUUUAUUAUUAAAGGAACUCCUCGUAGUUCUUUGGUGCACGUACUUUUCUCUUACUAAGGUUAUAAUAAGCAAUUGCUGAAAAUAUUUAACAUACCUCCCGUCAAUAACUGUUGUGUGCUAGAAUUUCAUUAUCUUAAAACGACCAAAAACCCCCAAUAAAACAACAAAAAACCACCUUAAUAACAAAACAAAAAUGUACAAAAUAGUCGAAAAUCAUUGUUUUAAAAUAUCCAUUUUUAAGUUCCAGAUGCAAGAAAAACGCGUUUUAUAGGCUUUCAGAGAUUUCAAUUUUUCCGGGGGAGCAUGCGCCUGAACCCCCGUACAAAGCUCGGGUGCUCCGCGCCCACAGGCUACUUCUCAUCUAUAAGGUACCAGCAAAUACCUAGUCGAACCCUCCCACUCGAAAUGCUGGCUACAGGCCUGAACAUGCACAUUAUCGCCAAUUGUCAAUGAACAAAACACAUUCUUUUUGAAAACGAAGUUCCUUUACAUGCUAGGGUAUAGCAUUUGAUGGCAUCUGAAUUUUUAAAAAAACAUAAUCAAUCCAUCACCCUCCCCUCCGCAAACCCCCGCCCCCCAAAAAACCCCA